UAGAAGGAGAAGUUCAUCUUUGGCGCGGCGGACAUGCCAAAUCAUUUCUCCUGUUAUCUUCGCUCGGCGCUAGGCUGCUUUAUGUAAGGCACCAUUCCCAUACAUGACGUCGACAUCUUGGGUCAGUCAAUCGUCAGUCAGUGCUUGACUAACUGGUCAACGCUGACUGGAAGUGCCAACUCUUGAAAAUCCUUCCUUGAUUCGCGUCAAUAUUUCAACUCCGGUAUGAAGAGGCUGGCUUCCGUGUAAACUGUGCAUAUAACAUUCACCAGCGCAGUCCCAAGCACGCUGUAUGUUUCGGACUUGCAUAAAUAGCCAGCUCUUUCCUUAUCUUUACCAUCCAGCUCUAAAUCAUGGUUGAAACAGUUACACUCUCUGAUGGCCACACCAUGCCCGCUAUUGGGCUUGGUGUCUACCUGAACGAGGAAUGCGCGGAAGCUUGCAGGGUUGCCCUUCAAAAUGGUUACCGAAUGAUUGAUGGGGCCCGGUACUACGAGAAUGAAGUUCAAGUCGGUGUUGGGGUAGGGAAAAGUGGCGUUAAGCGCGAAGACGUCUUUAUCACUUCGAAGGUCUUCCAUGAGGAUUUCACCUACGAUGGGACGACGGCUGCUUUGAAAGACUCGAUCGCGAACCUUGGAUCUUCGUAUUAUAAUUUAUACCUGACCCACAGCGCCAUUGGAGGUAAGGACGCACGUCUUGCCGCCUACAGGGCUCUGUUGGACGGCAAGGCGAACGGGAUGAUCAAAUCUGUCGGCGUCUCCAAUUACUCAGCCAAGCACAUAGAAGAGAUUCGUGAGGCUGGUCUAGAGAUGCCUGUUGUGAACCAAGUAGAGUUACAUCCGUUCUGCCAGCAAAAACCCAUCGUCGAAUAUUGUAGGAAGAACAACAUCGUUGUCCAGGCCUACUCCCCUCUUGUCCGUGGUGCUCUCGAUAACCAAGUCAUCCAGGAGCUCUCUACAAAGUACUCCAAGGAUCCUGCUCAAAUUCUUGUCAGGUGGUCUUUGCAACGAGGAUUUGUGCCUUUGCCUAAAUCCUCGCAACCAGAACGUAUCAUAUCCAACGGCCAAGUAUUUGGUUGGGAAAUCGAACCUACGGACAUGGCAAAGCUUGACGCGUUGGACCGUGGGAAGGAGGGCGCAGUUACCUGGAAUCCAGUCGACGUCGAUUAA